AUGGCUCCUCGGGGGUUGUGUCAUGGCUGUUGGGAUGAGGGACAUGCAUGGCAGCGAUGUCCUCAUCGACCUAAGGGAGGCAUUCCGGCAUUCUUAAAGGGGGGGGGUCGUGGAUCCAACGGCAAGGCACAGGUGGCGGAUGAGGAGGAGCAAGAUGACAAGGCAGAGGCAGUGGUUGGAGAGGCAGUUGAAGCAGUGGGAGAGGAGCAGCCGCGGGAGGGGUGGUGGAUUGACGGUGGGGCCAGCCACAACUUUACUCCUUAUGCAUCGGACUUCAAAAUGCGCACACCGUCACUGGGAGGAGCGGUGUAUGUCCUCAUUCUCAUUGACGACUUCACCAGACGAGUUUGGUCGUUCCCACUCCCCAACAAGGAAUCGGCCACAGUCGCAAAAGUCAUUCGCCAGUGGCAUAAGGACGUGGAAUUGGAGUGUGGGCGGAAGCUGAAGGCUGUUCGCUCCGACAGGGGUGGCGAGUUCUUGGGGGACGCUGUGAAAGCAUGGAAAGCGGAGUUUGGCAUCAAAACCCAAAGUGUCGCAGAUAUACCGCAGCAGAAUGGGGUUGUGGAGAGGGUCACCCAGAGUGCUUUGCCUGCCUCCAUCACACCAAUGGAGGCGUGGUCCGGCCAGAAGCCGCAUGUGGGCAUGGCUCGGAUUGGGGGUUGCAUGGGAAGUGUCAUGCUGCAUGGGCAUGAGAAGGGUGGCAAGCUUGAUGCACAGGCUGUCAUGUGUCUCUGUGUUGGGGUGGACAUGGAGAGCAAGGGUUGGCGCAUGCUGGACCCUUCUCUCAUGCGCAUUCGCAUUGCUCGGGAUGUUGAUUUUCUUGAGAAUGUGAUGUGGAAGGAUUGGGACAAGGCAAAGGGAUUUGGGGAGCUUCUGCAGGAUGCAGCUGCGAUUUCCCAACUCCUCCCUCUUCCACUCUCGCCACCCUCAGCAACGGUUGACGACGUUGAGAUGCCACCUUCAUCCCUGCCACCGGCACCGCUAACUGUGUCGGUGCAGCAGCAGCCCACCCCUCUGCAGCAGCUCAGUGGCCCCUCGGCCAUUCAGCGGAGAUCCGCUAUACAGGCUACUUCCUCUUCCUCCUCCUCUGGUCAGCGCUCUGUCCCUCUCUCUACGGGUGCCCCUCCGUCACCAGCGACUACCUCCCCACCACCGGUUACGGGGAGGUGGAAGGUGUUGCACUGGCAGGUGUGA